UCUGAACUGACCUACCGAACAUCGAAAUACACACAAAUUCGUGCUCGUUCGUUUCGGGUGCAUCAAGCCAACCCCCACCGGAUAUGUGUCGCGUGUCUAUAGUGAUCGCAAUCUAAUUCCUAGCCCAUCUCUACCUCCCCCGCUCCUCCGCUGCCAGGACUCCCUGCAGCUUGUGUUGGUUAAGAUGUGAAAGCUCUCCAGCAAACACACACACACACACACAGACGUACGUCGAGACGCGCAAGCUACCAAAUGUACAUUUUCCACGUUCAAAGUUCGGUUUUCCCAAUGCUGACCCAUAUUUCGACAGCGGGGGGCACAGUACGUGUGCGGCGUACGAAAUCGUACCUGCGAAUGCAUCUUUCGACUUCGGCGGCGGCGGCGGCGGGUCCCGUUUGGCGAGUUCGUCGCUUUGCUCGCGUUGGCAUCUUUUUUCUUCCCUCUCCCGCAAUCCCGCCGCAACGCAGCCUCCCGCCGUCGACAACCGCCGCGGACGUGCUUUCCCAGGUUUUUACGCAACCCUCCUUCCUUCGAUCUCGCCCAUUUCCAUGUUUCCAUCCAUGUGUGCGCUCGCUCUUUCUCGCGCACGGGGCCGACUUGGUGCCGCGCAAGGUGGUGGGUAACGAACGCGCGUAUUUGAAUUGUGUGCAUCAAGCAUCGCCUGCUGCUGCUGUUGCUACUGCUCCGCCUGACCAAGCCCAACGGUCGCGAGCGAGAACGAGAGCGCACGAGAAAAAAAAAAGCACAGGUGGGAAGGGGAUCGGCGGGCGAAUAUACCGUUGGUGUUGUUGUUGUUGGUGGGUUGCUGCGAACCACCCUCCUUCUCCUCGUGUUCGCCGCGGUUGGUGCUAGUGGCUGCUAGUGUUUGGUCAUGCCACUUCAAUCCGGGGCCCGCACCGUGCGCUUCAAGUGAAAGCUCUCCCGUACUUCGUUGACUAAACACAUCUUUCACCUGAACGUCGUCGUCGUACAGUGUGAAUGUCCUUCGCGGUUGUGAAUGGCGGAUCGGUUCGAACGAUCACUGCGGCGGACUGUUGCAGAUACGCUCUCCACUAACGGUGCUGGUGUGAUCGAACGGUGGGCAGUGCUUUGGGACUCCCUGUAACGGUACCAACAGCUGAGCAGCUGACGGAACAUUCCAAAAUUUCGUGCAACCAACACGACUGUGAUUCCAAAAGCCCAGCCAAGUGUCCUCCGUGUCCUAAGCUGUUCCGUACGCUCCACGGAUCCCUACCAACCAUACCAAACCAAAACGCCAAAACGGUACCGCGUCACGGGCCGCCCCGAGAAGAAACCGUAGCACAAUUAGCAGCAAAUCGGGCGAAACGGAACCGUACAUAAUGAAUCGCUAGCUUCUUAAGAGACGCGCGGCAGUUGGCAGAAAGUUCGAUUAAAGUUUUUGUAAGUGCGGCACGCGGCGAUCAUUAAAAAUCCGUGUCACGCUGCCUGUGAACCAAAACAAAGGCAGCAGCUGGGUAGUAGCCAGCCAGAAAAAGGGAACGCAAGAUUAGGUGCAACCCCUCGCACAGAUUAAGUUUAUCCCCACCUUCACACAGGUUGGGUUUUUGUUGUGCCUUUUCUCUCUCUCUCUCUCUGUUUUGUUGUUUGUUCGGGAUCAAGUUGAGUAUUGUAACUGUUGCAGCAGACAACGAUCGGGCGAAUCGACGUAGCACCUACAGCUGGAAGCAUCGAAAAUUGGUGUUGCUUUCCGGUCCGCAAUUAAAAUCGUCUGUUUCGGGUGUUCUGUACCGAUCGCGUACCUUUCCGUGCCCUAGUUGGGUCCGAACAGUGCGAAUGAAACGGUACGCCAAGCGACCGACAACGCUCAGUGCAAUUGUUGAACAAUCAUGUUAGCAGUCCUUCCAUCCCGGAUGGUGCUCCUGCUGGGUGCCAUACUGCUGGUAUGGCGCAUCGCCGGAGCGUACACCGAUGAUCCGCGCCCCGUCAAUCAACCUACGGCAGAGGCCUCUGCCCGCCAACAACAGUGGUCCGUGCGGGAUGCGUUCGAGCUGGCCCAGGAACGCGAACAGGUACUGGCCGCCCAACAAUCAAUCGCCUCGUGGCGCAAAAGCUUACAUCAACACGGUCGUACGAAGGAUGUGCCGGAAGAGGUGGAGCGCGGUCAGGAGGAGGAUCUGCAGCAACCUCUGCGACGGCGCAAGAAGCGAGCCGAUCGGAACGAUCUGUACGGGAAGGAACCACCGAAGGAGGGUGUUAAGAAUGAAACCCUCCCGAUAGCCGUAGAUCCGGACGAUGGUGACGACUCCGAUGCGUCCGUGGUGUGUUACGGACCGCUCGGAUGUUUCCACGAGACGGAUCACCUGCCGGAGAUGUUGCCUUCAUCGCCGGCCGAGGUAAACACACGAUUUCUCGUGUACACAACCACCCACCGGAGUGAAAAACCUCUCAUCGAGUUCUCGUACGAGGAGUUGGUAGUGGCUGGAUUUGGGGCAGCGUACUGGGCCAACGGUACCAACGAUACCGUCUCCAUCCCGGUGUCGACCGGAAUGUCCUCCUCGCUGUUAAAAACGUUCGGCGAUCUCAGCAAUCGUACCGUGCGCGUUAUCGUGCAUGGCUUCGGUGCUAACUGUGGUUUGGUUUGGAUCUACGAGAUGCGCACUGCCCUGAUGGCGGUGGAAAACUGCACCGUAAUCUGCGUCGAUUGGGAGAAUGGUGCCAAACUGCCGAAUUACGUGCGUGCCGCAGCCAACACGCGGCUGGUCGGUCGCCAAUUAGCGCUGCUGUUGCGCUUGCUGCGCACGCACAACGGGCUACGACUGUCGCGCGUGCACCUGAUCGGCUUUAGCCUCGGUUCGCACGUCGCUGGCUUUGCCGGGGCCGAGUUUGCUUCCGGCUCCAGUAUACCACCGCUCGAACCGACCGUACCAUCGCCGGACGGUGCGAACGAGCUGGUACGGCGCAGCACGAACGAUGACACCGAGACGACCACCGGAGCGCAGGAGGCUACGGAACGGCCGGCCAAUACGGCCGGCUUGUGGCGCAUUACCGGGCUGGAUCCGGCCGGUCCACUGUUCGAAGCACAGCCGCCCGAGGUACGGCUGGACGCAGGGGACGCCCGGUACGUCGAUGUGAUCCACUCGAACGGGGAAAAUCUUAUCCUCGGCGGGUUAGGGUCCUGGCAGCCGAUGGGCACGGUCGACUACUACCCGAACGGGGGGCGGGUGCAGCACGGCUGCACCAAUCUGUUUGUUGGCGCCGUCACGGACAUCAUCUGGGCACCACCGACAACGGUUGAAGGUCGUUCGCUGUGCAAUCACCGGCGGGCGUACAAGUUCUUCAUCGAUUCCGUUGCGCCCCGCUGUCACUUUCCGGCGUUUCCCUGCGAAAGCUACGAUCAGUUUGCGGCGGGCGAAUGUUUCGACUGUGGCGGGAGCAACGGGACCAGCUCUGCCUGCGGCCAUAUGGGCUAUUACGCGACCAGCCGGGACGUCGGCGGGUUCGGGCAGCUGUACCUGCGCACGCGGGACGAGGAACCGUACUGUGCGAACCAGUUCCGGUUGCGGUUGCGUAAUGCGCCGGACGAGCUGCCGCUGCGUACGGUGGGUCGCUUCGAGCUAACGCUCGAGGGUGGUGAUACGGGCAACGGGAUCGAGGAUGGGCCGGGUGGUGGUGGUGGUGCACCGCUGCUCACCUUCAACGAGACGUUCCAUCUGGAUGAGGCACGAGAGGAUCGCGAGUUUCAUGCGGGCCAGUGGUUGACCACGAUCCUGGUGCCACACCCGGCGCUCGGCCAUCGACCACGGGCACUCACGAUCACGUACCGGCCGUACCGUGGCGGUUGGUGGCAACGGUCCAGCGUUGGCAAGCAGCUGUGGCGCAUCGGUCCGAUUCUGCUGACGGCGGACGACCAGCGAACGUACGGUUCCUGCGCGACGCUUACCCUCCAGGCGGAUGUCCCCGUGCGGAUCGAGCUGCAAUCGAUACUGCUGCACGCGAACGAUGAAGGUGAGGAUGAGGACGGUACGGAGUGCCGGACGGCGGAAGAGCUACACCAGCCGCCGGGCACGGUUCCGCCUUCGCCACCGAAAAGCUCGAUCGACGAGCUCAGCGUCAGUCCAAAGCAUCCGGGUGGGCACGAUCACUUCUCCUGGACGCCGGUUGCGAUCAGCAUCCCGCGCCAUUCCUCCCAACCGUUGCACAUCAACGAGAAGCGCUCCUUCUCCGACGCCCUUCCGGCGGGCGAAUCGGGCGCCGGGGUCGAGCCACCGCAUCUACCACCCACCGCCCAAACCGUGCAACUGUUCCCUUCCCGGUUGGUAUCGUUUUUCGAGCGCGCGGAACGAUAUGCGCGACGCACGUGGGACGCACUGUUUAGUGGCAAUGUUAGUGACGCUACCGUGCCCAAGAUGGCGCCGCAAGAUGGCGACGAGACAACGAUAGCGAGCGUGGUCGAUCUGUUGCUAGCAUCACCGGCCCGACCGGAAGCCAACGUACCACCGGUAAGCUCGAUGAUCACCAGCCCCACCACCAAUCCACCCUCAACGCCUGCUCCACCUACCACACCCGCCAUCACCGAACCCACUGUCACGGAGAUACGGAUCGCACUGCCCACCUUCCGGCCACUGACACGGCAGGCGGACGGUUCGGUCGGGAGUGGCCGCCAACACUACACCCGCUUCAUACCGCUCGUGUACGAGGAGAGCAAACCGGCCGAGCUGGCCGGCACGGUUGGUGCGGGAGGACGCAAGAUGGCCGGCCGUGCCCGGUAGACCCGCGUGGCGGAACUACGAUGUGAUAGCAUUUUCCUUUACUACCGGUGCGCGCGUUUUGUGUAGUUUUAACGUUCAUAUGCGCUCAUCUAUACACCACCAAACAUCACCCCCACACACACACUGCCUGCUCACCACAUACUACUUGUGAAUGAUAUUUUUUGUUUGUUUUUUUUUUUACUACUACAAGUUAGGAUUAUUAUACCAGGAGAGAGAGAUAUAAAGCAAGCUACUACUGCUAAAUUCGCUACUGGUCGCAGUGCAGUAGAGAAUAUAUUAUGUUGGCUCUUAGUUGUUAUGCAUUAUGCUUUUUUCUCUCCCUCUCUCUCUCGCUCGAACUGUAACGUGCAUAAAGCGAAUAAAGAAUUAUCAUAUUAUCAAA